GUUUGUUUCUGUCACAUACUGUUCGAAGAUGUGUAUGAAUCUGUUCCGUUGCUCUACGUACGUAACCCUGGCAUACUGCUGGUCGGGCCCCAUGCCCACUAUCGGUCAGUUGACAAGCCUGCUAUCCAACUAUGCCCUACGCUACGACGUGCUCUCCCUUCGUCGAACACGCUCCUUCGAACCCUCCUCAGCAGCCCCGACGCUCUCCCGAUUCUAUUCGACUACGUCAAGGCAACCGGCCGCUUCGUGGCCGGGACGGGACGACCGAACCAGAACGCACUCCGAGCAGCACAAACACAAGGAUAGCCUUACGAUCGCACUACGAUACCCAAUUCCUACACACCUGCCUCACACCCCCCCUUUUUCCGUAUUCCCUUUCCCAUUCUACUCCCUUCUUCCGCCUAACCCUUACUGUACAAAUUGUAAUACCUACCUACUGCACCCUAGUUACUCUCCCUCGCGCCCACGCUUCCUUUCCUCACUCUCACACGGUUCCCCACAUCGACAGCAACGCACUGCCCCGAUCGCGCUCCCAAUGACCUCAUCCCCUGUGAGACAGACAGCUCGCGCACCCCCUAUCGAUGCUCCAGGACAGCCCAUGAUAGAUUACUCCCUAGCCCACUUAUGUACAUGCACGUAGUAUCCGGCAUAGGGCAGCGCCCUCAAGCGGAUAUAAAACUGGAUUUUU